GCCUUUUUGUUUUUCCCCUUGCCUAAACUCCUCUGUCAGCCUGUAAACAUUACCUGAGAAUUCCCCAGCCUAAACGGCUGCUGGGGCAAGAAACUUCUUGUUAGAACUUUCCACCUCCGGCUUCCCCUCCAGCCCUCUUACCGUCCCAACCUUCUCAGACGGUUUUUCUCCUCCCGAGGAGGAUUUAUCUUUUUUUUUUUUUUUUUUCCUCUCUCUCUUUCUCUCUCUCUUUUUCUUUUUUUUUUUUUUUUUUUUUUUUUCUUUUUUCUUUUUUUUCUCACCCGGUGCUUUGCUUUUGGGAAGAGGUGAUUUCAACAGUGGCCAGAUGAUCUAUCUGGUGGCCAAAGCAGCCGUCGGACUGGUGCUGCCCGCCAAGCUUCGGGACCUGUCGCGGGAGAACGUCCUCAUCACCGGCGGCGGGAGAGGCAUCGGACGCCAGCUCGCUCGCGAGUUCGCAGAACGCGGCGCCAGAAAGAUCGUUCUCUGGGGCCGGACUGAGAAAUGCCUGAAAGAGACGACAGAGGAGAUUCGGCAGAUGGGCACCGAGUGCCACUACUUCAUCUGUGAUGUAGGCAACCGGGAGGAGGUAUACCAGACGGCCAAAGCUGUCCGGGAGAAGGUGGGCGACAUCACCAUCCUGGUGAACAAUGCUGCCGUGGUCCACGGGAAGAGCCUGAUGGACAGUGACGAUGACGCCCUUCUCAAGUCCCAGCACAUCAACACCCUGGGCCAGUUCUGGACCACCAAGGCCUUCCUGCCGCGCAUGCUGGAGCUGCAGAACGGCCACAUCGUGUGUCUCAACUCCGUGCUGGCGCUGUCUGCCAUCCCCGGUGCCAUCGACUACUGCACGUCCAAAGCCUCGGCCUUCGCCUUCAUGGAGAGCCUGACCCUGGGGCUGCUGGACUGUCCCGGAGUCAGUGCCACCACCGUGCUGCCCUUCCACACCAGCACCGAGAUGUUCCAGGGUAUGAGGGUCAGGUUCCCCAACCUCUUCCCCCCGCUGAAGCCGGAGACUGUGGCCCGGAGGACGGUGGAAGCCGUGCAGCUGAAUCAGGCGCUCCUCCUUCUCCCGUGGACGAUGCAUGCCCUCAUUAUCUUGAAAAGCAUACUACCACAGGCUGCACUGGAGGAGAUCCACAAAUUCUCAGGAACCUAUACCUGCAUGAACACUUUCAAAGGGAGGACAUAAAGGCAGGAUGCAGAGACAUGCUUGAAAGCCACGGAACCUGAGGGGGCCAUGGCACGUGGGCACACCCCCAUGCGCCUGUCCCUUGGCACACUUCUGCUGGGUGAGUGGGACUGUUCCUGUCCCCAGGAAGAAUCCGGGUGAACCCCCAGGCCAGCCCCAGGACCUUUGCACAGGACUGAUGGGCGUAACUCUGACCCCCAUGGGGAGGCAAGAAACCAGCCAGCAGCCACCUUGACACUUUCAUACAUUUCUAAUUGUGUAGAGUUUAUUGUUAAAUUGCUUCUCGAGUCUAACCAGCCUUAGCAGUGUGUUUAGACUGUUUCCAGGAGGGUCUAUACCCAGAUGCUCUUUUCUUUGCAAAAUCCACCCACCCUCAGCUUGUGCAAACUGGUUGUAUGGCAGGAAUGAUAAAUAAAGAGAUGGUUUUUGCGA